AUGGCGUUACCAUCGCUCUACGAGCACUACACGGCAGGCGGUAUAACUGGAGGGUUAUCAGUCAAUCAGCCCUAUUUCACGUUGAACGACAAAAAUAUAUCGUUGUAUGGCGGAUCAAUGCACUAUUUUCGAGUGCAUCCCCAAUAUUGGAGAGACAGGCUGAGGAAAAUGAGAGCUGCGGGAUUAAAUGCGGUCCAGACUUAUGUGCCUUGGAAUCUACAUGAGCCACAACCAGGUAAAUACGAUUUCGGUAAAGGCGGUACGGACAUGGAGGAGUUCCUCGACGUGGAGAAGUUCCUGAAAACGGCCCAAGAGGAGGAUUUGUUUGUGAUCAUGCGACCGGGGCCUUUCAUUUGCGCCGAAUUCGAAUUCGGCGGAAUGCCCAGCUGGUUAUUAAGAGAACCAAACAUCAAAUUCCGAACCUCCGACGAGGUUUUCAUGAAAUACGUGACCAAUUACUUCAUGGUUUUGCUCAGCCUUCUGGCGCCGUUCCAGUUCACCAAAGGAGGACCUAUCAUUUCCUUUCAGGUUGAAAACGAAUACGGCUCCACCGGACAAACCGAUCCGCCAUUCACGCCCGACAAAGUCUACAUAGAGCAACUCCGCCAGCUGUUCCUCACCAACAACAUCACCGAGCUGCUCUUCACCUCCGACUCCCCCGUCGCCUCGGGCAGCUCCGGCUCCCUCCAAAGUCUAUUCCAAACGGCCAACUUCGGCACCGGCGACCCCGCGCCCGACUUCGACAAGCUCAAGGAGCUCCAAGGCGACAAACCCGCCAUGGCGACGGAGUACUGGUCGGGCUGGUUCGAUCACUGGUCGCAGGACAAGUACAACGGCAGCGUGCGCGCCUUCGCCGACACCUUGGACAUGAUCCUGGCGUACCCGGCCUCGGUGAAUUUCUACAUGUUCCACGGAGGCACCAGCUGGGGGUUCCUCAACGGCGCCAACAUGGACUCCCUCUCGCCCUCGACCUACUACCCGGAUACCACCAGCUACGACUACGACGCUCCUUUGACCGAAUCCGGGGACUACCACAAGAAGUACCAGGUGGUUAAACAGCGUUUGGAGGAUCACGACCCCGUCAAGACCAGACGGCCGCAGAUGCCCGAGCUGAAGAAACGCGUAGCUUACGAUUCCAUCAAAGUAAAAAGGUACAUAAACUACGAGAAAAUGGUGGAUAAAACGGACUUGGACGCGGUGCAAAACGAUAAAAUCUUACCCAUGGAGAUGCUGCCCAUAAACAACAACACCGGUCAGCAAUUCGGCUAUAUAAUUUACCGCAAAACAGACGUAACCUUACCAAAAGGUUCCAAACUAACCGUAACCGGUUACGUAUACGAUACCAUUAACGUAUACGUUAACGGUAAACGAAUAACGAAUAACGUUAACGAUUUAGAUAACUUCGGUUAUUGGAGGCAACAAAAUGGGUCUAUAACUUUCACUACAACUUAUAAUAACGCUGUAUUAGAUCUAAUCGUCUGUAACAUGGGCAGAAACAAUUUCGGCAGUCUAGAUCAAUUUUACCAAUUUAAGGGACUCAAAAAUCCCGUGUUAUUGGAUGAUAAAGAGCUCACCGACUGGCACAUAAUCCCGAUGGAAUUCAAGCGGAACUGGAUAGAAAAUCUAUCUAAUUGGGAUGAAUUCGAUAACGCGACGAAAUCAGGAGCGGGAUUAUACGAGGCCGAUUUAAUAAUUAACGAUAAUGGUGACGAUAUAGCGGAUACUUAUGUGGAUAUGAGCAAAUGGAAGAAAGGCAUUGUGAUGGUAAAUGGGUUUGUGUUGGGGAGAUAUUGGACGAUCGGACCGCAACAGAGCCUGUACUUGCCCGGACCGCUUUUGAAAGUAGGAGUAAAUAAAAUCGUCAUUUUCGAAGAGUUCUCUGGCGAGAAUCAAGUAGACUUUUUAACCGAUCCGAUUUAUUUUAAUAAUUCGAGGAAACCACGGAGUGGGCGACAUCUAUCCGUCGUUUUAACCUAA